AUGUUAUAUAGCUUUGCAGCAGAUUCUACAUUUUUUGUUUUAAACUGCACGAGUCAGAAAUAUAUACCAUAUGGAGAUAGUUUAAAGUUAUCAUUUAAUAUUUUAAAGGAAGAGCCUAUAGGCAAAAUUUUCUGGACUCCUAGAACAUUAUUGACUGAUAACUAUACUCUGUUAUACAUAUUAACAAUAUUAUUGCAUAUUAUGCCAGCUAUGUUCAUAGAUCUUAUUUUAAAAUUCUUUGGGCAUCGACCUAUGAUAGUACGACUGUUGAGAAAAGUGUACGUGACCAAUCGUGCUGUGAGUUAUUUUUCAUUCCAUAAAAGAGAAUACAGCAAUACAAACUCGUUAGCACUGAUAUCUGAAAUACCAUCUGACAAUCUUGAUAUGUUUUCUUUUAAUUAUUCCUGUACUGAUAUUCGAAAGUAUUUAAAGACUAGUUUAUGUGGUAUUAAAAAAUUUAUUCUUCAUGAAGACAUAAAUGAAUUGGAUGCAAUCAAGGCACAUAAUAAAAGAGUAUCACUGUUGAGUACUGUGGUGGAAUCUAUUAUGUUUAUUGGUAUGCUGUGGAUGAUAUAUAAAUGGAGCUAUUCUUACUUAUUAUAAAAUUAUUGACUAUUCUUUUAUACAUUAAAAACUUAUUUAUAAUAUUCAAACACAUAUAACGCAGAGCUUUCAGAAAAAAGGAAAUAAUUUUUUCUUAAAAUAUAUUUUUGUUUGUAAACAUUAUAUUGUAUUUAUAAAAUAACGGGAAUUUUUUAAGGUUUAUGUUAUACAUAUGUAUGUAUAUUUAAGAGGUAUCAAAUAAAGCACAAUUUGCAUAGAAAUAGAACAAUAAAUAUAUAUUUCUAAUGUUUAAUAAAAAAGACAA